AUGCCGAAACCAGUGCAACAAGAAGGAGAGGAUCCCGAUCCCACUCCAUAUUUGUACGUUUCUCUCGAACAAAAGAGAAUCGAUCAAUCGAAACCAUACGAUGGUAAAAAAGCCUGUUGGGUCCCAGAUCCGGCGGAGGGCUACGUGCUGGGAGAAAUCAAAGCCACAAAAGGAGAUAUGGUCACGGUCGCUGUUCCUGGCGGAGAGGAAAAACAAUUCAAGAAAGAUCAAGUGGCGCAAGUAAACCCACCUAAAUAUGAAAAAUGUGAAGAUAUGUCCAACUUAACUUAUCUUAAUGACGCGUCUGUCUUGUAUAAUCUUAAGCAAAGAUAUUAUCAUAAGCUUAUUUACACAUAUUCUGGUCUUUUCUGUGUCGCCAUCAACCCUUACAAGAGGUACCCCGUUUACACGAACCGUUGUGCUAAGAUUUACAGAGGUAAAAGGAGAAGCGAAGUUCCUCCUCAUAUUUUUGCCAUUUCUGAUGGUGCCUACGUAAACAUGUUGACCAACCGUGAAAAUCAAUCUAUGCUUAUCACUGGAGAGUCUGGAGCAGGUAAAACUGAAAACACGAAAAAAGUAAUUGCUUACUUUGCAACCGUUGGUGCCAGUACAAGUAAAAAGGAUGAAGGUUCAAAGAAAGGUAACUUGGAAGAUCAAGUUGUGCAAACCAAUCCGGUACUGGAAGCUUUUGGUAACGCUAAGACUGUCCGUAAUGACAACUCUUCCAGAUUUGGUAAAUUUAUUCGUAUUCACUUCGGUCCCUCUGGAAAACUUGCUGGAGCAGAUAUCGAAACAUAUUUGCUUGAAAAGGCUCGUGUAAUUUCCCAACAAUCUUUGGAAAGAUCUUACCACAUUUUCUACCAAAUGAUGUCUGGAGCCGUACCCGGUUUGAAAGCCAUGUGUCUCCUUUCGGAUAACAUUCAGGAUUAUUAUUUCGUAUCCCAAGGAAAAACCACCAUCCCUAAUGUCGAUGAUGGUGAAGAAUUGAUUCUUACUGACCAAGCUUUUGACGUUUUGGGUUUCACCCAAGAAGAAAAGAAUGACAUUUAUAAAAUUACAGCCGCUGUUAUGCACAUGGGUGGAAUGAAAUUUAAACAAAGAGGACGAGAAGAACAAGCUGAAGCUGACGGUACCGAGGAAGGUGACCGUGUAGCCAAGCUUUUGGGAGUUCAAACUGAUGAAUUGUACAAAAAUCUUUUGAAACCCAGAAUCAAAGUCGGUAAUGAAUUCGUCACCCAAGGUCGUAACAAGGACCAGGUUUCCUACUCUGUCGGUGCCAUGUCAAAGGCCAUGUUUGACAGAUUAUUCAAAUGGCUCGUGAAGAAAUGUAACGAAACCUUGGACACCAAACAAAAAAGACAACACUUCAUUGGUGUAUUGGAUAUUGCCGGUUUUGAAAUUUUCGACUUCAACGGUUUCGAACAAUUGUGCAUCAAUUUUACUAAUGAAAAACUCCAACAAUUUUUCAAUCACCACAUGUUUGUUCUUGAACAAGAAGAAUAUCAAAGAGAAGGCAUUCAAUGGGCUUUUAUUGAUUUCGGAAUGGAUCUUUUAGCUUGCAUUGAAUUGAUUGAAAAGCCUAUGGGUAUUUUGUCCAUCCUUGAAGAAGAAUCUAUGUUUCCAAAAGCCACCGACAAAACUUUUGAAGACAAAUUGAACGCUACUCAUUUGGGUAAAUCAGCUCCUUACAGAAAACCAGCUCCACCAAAACCAGGAUGCCAAGCUGGUCACUUUGCCAUUGCUCACUACGCUGGUACCGUAUCAUAUAACAUUACCGGAUGGCUUGAAAAGAACAAGGAUCCGUUGAACGACACCGUCGUAGAUCAAUUUAAGAAAGGUCAAAACAAACUCUUGGUUGAAAUUUUUGCCGAUCAUCCUGGACAAUCUGCUGAUCCAGCUGCCGCUAGUGGGGGAAGAGGCAAAAAGGGGGGGGGCUUUGCUACCGUUUCUUCUUCAUAUAAGGAACAAUUGAACAAUUUGAUGACUACUUUGAAAAGUACUCAACCUCACUUUGUUCGUUGUAUUAUUCCCAAUGAAAUGAAACAAGCUGGUGUCAUCGACUCCCACUUGGUUAUGCACCAAUUGACAUGUAACGGUGUACUUGAAGGUAUUCGUAUCUGCCGAAAAGGUUUCCCCAACAGAAUGGUUUACCCAGACUUCAAAUUACGGUACAAAAUCUUGAACCCGAAAGAAGUUAGCAAAGAAAGCGACCCUAAAAAAUGUGCCGAACUCAUUUUGAACGCGAGUGGGCUCGAUACUGAACUCUACCGAUUGGGUCACACCAAAGUAUUUUUCAGAGCUGGAGUUUUGGGUCAAAUGGAAGAACUUAGGGACGACAGAUUGAGCAAGAUCGUUACAUGGAUGCAAGCUUACGUAAGAGGAUACUUGAGUCGUAAGAACUUCAAGAAAUUGCAAGACCAGAGAUUGGCUCUACAAGUUGUACAACGUAACUUGCGUAAAUACUUGAAACUCAGGACCUGGCCAUGGUGGAAAUUGUGGAUCAAAGUUAAGCCCAUGCUUAAUGUUGUUAACGUAGAAGAAGAAAUGAGGAAAUUAGAAGAAAAAUGCCAAAAAAUUCAAGAAAGCUUGGAAAGGGAAGAAAAGGCUAGAAAGGAAUUAGAAAACUUGAACUCUAAAUUGCUCGAAGAAAAACAAAAAUUGCUCGAUUCAUUGGAAGGUGAAAAAGGAGCUCUUGGAUCCAUUCAAGAAAGAGCUGCUAAACUUCAAGCUCAAAAGAAUGAUUUGGAAUCUCAAUUGAAUGAAAUGCAAGACAGGCUUCAACAAGAAGAAGAUGCCAGAAACCAAGUGUCACAAAAUAAAAAGAAAUUAGAACAAGAAUUAGCUGGUUUGAAGAAAGAUUUGGAAGAUGCCGAAUUGUCUCUUCAAAAAGCCGAAGCCGACAAAGCCACAAAAGAUCAUCAAAUCAGAAACCUUAAUGAUGAAAUUGCUCACCAAGAUGAACUCAUCAACAAACUUAACAAAGAAAAGAAAAUGCAAGGUGAAACAAACCAAAAAACAGCCGAAGAACUCCAGGCCGCUGAAGACAAAAUUAAUCACUUGAACAAAGUCAAAGCUAAACUCGAACAAACUUUAGAUGAACUUGAAGACUCAUUGGAACGCGAAAAGAAACUUCGUGGAGACAUUGAAAAAGCCAAGAGGAAAGUUGAAGGUGACUUGAAAUUGACUCAAGAAGCUGUUGCCGAUCUUGAAAGAAACAAAAAAGAACUUGAACAAACGAUCCAACGUAAAGACAAAGAAUUAGCUUCCAUCACUGCCAAGCUUGAAGAUGAACAAUCUCUCGUUGGAAAACUCCAAAAACAAAUUAAAGAAUUGCAAGCAAGAAUCGAAGAAUUAGAAGAAGAGGUUGAAGCUGAAAGGCAAGCUAGAGCCAAGGCUGAACAACAAAGAGCACACUUGGCCCGAGAACUCGAAGAAUUGGGCGAACGUCUUGAAGAAGCCGGUGGUGCCACUUCAGCGCAAAUUGAACUCAACAAGAAGAGAGAAGCCGAAUUGUCAAAACUCCGCAGAGACUUGGAAGAAGCUAACAUUCAACAUGAAGGUACUUUGGCCAAUUUGAGAAAGAAACACAAUGACGUUGUUGCCGAAAUGAGCGAACAAAUUGACCAACUCAACAAAUUGAAAGCCAAAGCUGAAAAAGAAAAAAUUCAAUACUAUACCGAAUUAAACGAUCUUCGAGCCACUCUUGAUCACCUCAGCAAUGAAAAGGCUGCCGCAGAGAAAAUUGCUAAACAAUUGCAAAACCAAAACAACGAACUUCAAACCAAGGUUGAUGAAGCCAAUAGAACUUUGAAUGAUUUUGAUGCCGCCAAAAAGAAAUUGGCCAUUGAAAACUCCGACCUUCUUAGACAACUCGAAGAAGCCGAAUCUCAAGUCUCUCAACUAAGUAAGAUAAAGAUUUCUUUGACUACUCAGUUAGAAGACAUGAAGAGGCUUGCAGAUGAAGAAAGCCGGGAACGAGCCACUUUACUUGGUAAAUUCCGUAAUCUUGAACACGAUAUGGACAAUAUCCGUGAACAAGCUGAAGAAGAAGCUGAAUCAAAGGCUGAUCUUCAAAGGCAACUUUCGAAAGCCAAUGCUGAAGCUCAAUUGUGGCGUAGCAAAUACGAAUCCGAAGGAGUUGCCAGAGCAGAAGAACUCGAAGAAUCUAAACGCAAAUUGCAAGCUCGUUUGGCUGAAGCUGAAGAAACUAUCGAAUCUCUUAACCAAAAGGUUAUUGCUCUUGAAAAGACUAAACAACGAUUGGCCACCGAAGUUGAAGACUUGCAACUCGAAGUCGACAGAGCCACUGCCAUUGCCAACGCUGCAGAAAAGAAACAAAAAGCAUUCGACAAAAUUAUUGGAGAAUGGAAACUUAAAGUUGAUGAUCUCGCCGCCGAACUUGAUGCCAGUCAGAAAGAAUGCAGAAACUACUCAACGGAAUUGUUCAGACUUAAGAACGCCUACGAAGAAGGUCAAGAACAAUUGGAAGCUGUUCGCAGAGAAAACAAGAACCUUGCCGAUGAAGUUAAAGAUUUGUUAGACCAAAUUGGUGAAGGCGGAAGAAACAUCCACGAAAUUGAAAAGGCUAGAAAACGAUUGGAAGUUGAAAAGGAUGAAUUGCAAGCUGCUUUGGAAGAAGCUGAAGCUGCUUUGGAACAAGAAGAAAACAAAGUAUUGAGAGCUCAAUUAGAACUUUCUCAAGUCCGCCAAGAAAUUGACAGACGAAUCCAAGAGAAAGAAGAAGAAUUCGAAAACACAAGAAAGAACCACCAACGAGCUCUUGACUCGAUGCAAGCUUCUCUUGAAGCCGAAGCUAAAGGCAGAGCUGAAGCUCUAAGAAUGAAGAAGAAAUUAGAGGCUGACAUUAACGAAUUAGAAAUUGCUUUGGAUCACGCUAACAAGGCCAACGCCGAAGCUCAAAAGAACAUCAAACGAUACCAACAACAAUUGAAAGAUGUUCAAACCGCUCUUGAAGAAGAACAAAGAGCUAGAGACGAUGCCAGAGAACAACUUGGCAUUGCUGAAAGAAGAGCCAAUGCUCUCCAAAACGAAUUGGAAGAAUCUAGAACACUUCUUGAACAGGCCGACCGUGGUCGUAGACAAGCCGAGCAAGAACUUUCUGACGCUCACGAACAACUUAAUGAACUUUCAGCUCAGAACGCAAGCAUGUCUGCAGCCAAACGAAAAUUGGAAUCGGAAUUGCAAACCUUACAUUCUGACCUGGAUGAACUUCUCAAUGAAGCUAAAAACUCCGAAGAAAAAGCCAAAAAAGCAAUGGUUGAUGCCGCUCGCCUUGCUGACGAAUUGAGAGCUGAACAAGAUCAUGCUCAAACUCAAGAAAAAUUGAGAAAAGCACUUGAACAACAAAUUAAGGAUCUUCAAGUCAGGUUAGACGAAGCCGAAGCGAACGCUCUCAAAGGUGGCAAAAAAGCCAUUCAAAAAUUGGAACAAAGAGUCAGAGAAUUAGAAAACGAACUCGACGGUGAGCAAAGAAGACACGCUGAUGCCCAAAAGAACCUCAGGAAAACCGAAAGAAGAAUCAAGGAAUUGAGCUUCCAAGCCGAAGAAGAUCGUAAAAAUCACGAACGCAUGCAAGAUUUGGUAGACAAACUCCAACAAAAGAUCAAAACCUACAAGAGGCAAAUCGAAGAAGCCGAAGAAAUUGCUGCUCUCAACCUUGCCAAGUUCCGUAAAGCACAGCAAGAAUUAGAAGAAGCCGAAGAAAGGGCUGAUUUUGCGGAACAAGCCAUUGCCAAAUUUCGUCAAAAGGGUAGAGCAGGAUCCGCUCCAAGGGCAUUGAGCCCAGCUGUAAGUGUUUCAAAACUUGUUAUCAAUCUUUAUUUCUCACCAAUUUUACGUUUCUUCGACAAUUAUCUUGUAAUAUUUCAACAUCUUGCCGGUACCGAUGGCAAAAAAAAUCCGAAGUUAAAAAGUUAA